UCCAAGAGCCACUCUUCAAACUCCGGGUGGGAGGGGGUGAGGAGGGAAGGAGGGCUGAGCUGCGGUUCCUGGGUACAACACCUUUCUAAUGCCCGUGGCGGGAGGAAAGUUUCUGGUGCCAGAUGGCGAUACAUUUGCCUCCUGCUGCUUGGGUACUCGGUGACCCGGGAAUCCCGCCCGGUCUCCGCAGCGGUUUCUUCUUUCCGGGUCUACCCUCCCGUCCACGUCUCCAGUUUUAGGGAGAGCGCUGUUUCUUUCUCCCGGCGCCACCGCAGAGUCCGAGAGGCACAUUCACAUCGCCCAAGUUAGCCCACCACGCAGAGUUUGUCCCCGAGUCCCCCAAGCUGGCUAUUCCCCGCCCACUUCUGGUGCGAACUGCCCCAAGGCCAGCCGGGUCAAAUUCUCUCAGGGCGCCCGGGAAAGGCCACAGAUUAAGGAGCUGCCACGCGAGGCCUGCCGGGCUUCUGCCAACCAAUCAGCACACCGCAUACACGAGCUUCAGCCAAUCAAAACACGGCUUAUUCCCGGGUCCCGCCUGCGCCGGCCCUUUCUCUCCACUUCCCUCCCCCGCCUUCCUAGUGCCUGUAGUCGCGGCUGUGGCUGCAGCCGCCUCCAGGGCUUGACGCGGGUCUGGGGAGCUGUUCCCCCUGGCGCCGUCCGGUUUGUCUUUACGCCUUCAUUGAGGAUGAGUCCCUGCGCGACAGUGUGCGCAGUCCGCGGAGGUCACCGGCGUACUUUCAACUAGCGACUGGUCACCCUUGCAAUUAUGGAUAUCUGAAAGGAUCAGACAGUGUGGAGGGGGAGUUCCCCUCCUCACUCCCCCUUGGUGCUUGACUAGGAAUAAUUUAUAAACCGUGGAAAACUUUUUAAAUAAAGAACUUUAUUUGAUACAAACUUUUUAGAGCUAUUUAUAAUUUUUUGAAUACGUGUCAAAAUAAAUUGUAUGGAGAUAUAUAGUUUUACACUUUUGUCAUAAGGAUUUACAUUGUAAUCCUGAACAGGCCAUUUAUUCUCUAUAAAUUUUGAGUAGCACCUUAGUGUCCUGACUUUUUUCAAUUCUAAAAUUAGUCUUAAUUUUUCUGAAGAAGUCCGAAUAGGAGAAACAGGAUGAGUUCUUCCAUUCCUGACUGUACAUCGAAGUGUCGAUCACUGAAGCAUGCAUUGGAUGUCCUCUCUGUAAUAACAAAGGGGAGUGAAAACCAGAUUAAGGCCUUUCUUUCCAGUCAUUGUUACAAUGCUACUACUAUCAAAGAUGCCUUUGGCAGAAAUGCCCUUCACCUUGUUUCCUCCUGUGGGAAGAAAGGAGUGCUUAAUUGGCUUAUUGAGAAAGGAGUGGAUCCAUUAGUGAAAGACAAGGAAUCAGGAUGGACUGCUUUGCACAGAAGCAUUUUUUAUGGACAUAUUGAUUGUGUUUGGUCUCUACUGAAGCAUGGUGUUAGUCUGUAUAUUCAAGAUAAAGAAGGCUUAUCAGCUUUGGAUCUUGUAAUGAAAGAUAGACCAGCUCAUGUUGUAUUCAAAAAUACCGAUCCUACAGAUGUCUAUACGUGGGGAGAUAAUACAAAUUUCACUUUGGGACAUGGAAGUCAAAAUAGCAAACAUCAUCCAGAGUUGGUGGAUCUGUUCUCCAGGAGUGGGAUUUAUAUCAAGCAGGUGGUGCUUUGUAAAUUUCACUCAGUGUUCCUGUCUCAGAAAGGACAGGUUUAUACUUGUGGUCAUGGUCCUGGAGGACGUUUAGGUCACGGAGAUGAACAGACUUGCUUGGUCCCUCGACUUGUAGAAGGACUCAGUGGUCAAAAUUGUUCCCAAGUAGCAGCUGCUAAAGAUCAUACUAUUGUAUUAACUGAAGACGGAUGUGUUUAUACAUUUGGUCUAAAUACUUUUCAUCAAUUAGGAAUUAUUCCUCCACCUUCCAGUUGUAAUGUACCCAGACAGAUGCAGGCAAAAUAUCUGAAAGGAAAGACAAUCGUCGGAGUAGCAGCAGGUAGAUUUCAUACAGUGCUAUGGACUAGAGAAGCUGUUUACACUAUGGGACUAAAUGGUGGGCAACUAGGUUAUUUACUAGAUCCAAAUGGAGAAAAAUGUGUAACUGCUCCUCGUCAGGUUUCUGCCCUUCAUCAUAAGGACAUUGCUCUGUCUUUGGUUGCUGCAAGUGAUGGGGCCACUGUCUGUGUUACCACGAAGGGAGAUAUUUACUUACUUGCAGACUAUCAGUGCAAGAAACUGGCUUCUAAACAACUAAACAUGAAAAAGGUUCUUGUCUCAGGGGGACGAAUGGAAUACAAGGUUGAUCCUGAACAUUUGAAAGAAAAUGGGGGUCAAAAAAUUUGCAUUCUUGCAAUGGAUGGAGCAGGAAGAGUAUUUUGUUGGAGAUCAGUCAACAGUUCUCUGAAGCAGUGUCGCUGGGCCUAUCCACGCCAAGUGUUCAUUUCUGAUAUUGCUUUAAAUAGAAAUGAAGCUUUCUUUGUCACACAGGAUGGAGAAGGAUUUAGAGGGAAAUGGUUUGAAGAAAAAAGAAAGAGCUCCGAAAAGAAAGCAGAGAUCUUAUCAAACCUUCAUAAUUCCUCCUCAGAUGUGUCUUGUAUUUCUGACAUAAAUAGUGUCUAUGAAAGAAUUCGGCUUGAGAAACUUACUUUUGCCCAUAGAGCUGUAAGUGUCAGCACAGAUCCAAGUGGAUGCAACUUUGCACUCCUGCAAUCAGAUCCUAAAGCAAGCCUUUAUGAAAUUCCGGCUGUGUCCUCAUCAUCUUUCUUUGAAGAAUUUGGUAAAUUGUUGAGGGAAACAGAUGAAAUGGACAAUAUUCAUGAUGUGACAUUUCAAGUUGGUAAUAGAAUCUUCCCUGCACAUAAAUUUAUUUUGGCAGUGCGUUCUGACUUUUUUCAGAAAUUAUUUCUUUCAGAUAGUACUUUAGACUUCAUAGAUGUUUACCAGAAAGAUGAAGAUUCUGCAGGAUGUCAUCUCUUUGUGGUAGAGAAGGUUCAUCCUGACUUGUUUGAGUACCUUUUACAAUUUAUAUACACAGAUACUUGUGAUUUUUUAACUCAUGGCUUCAAACCAAGAAUAAACUUAAGCAAAAAAACAGAAGAUUGUCAGGGUACUCCAAACCCUCAAAUCAAUAAAAUUAAUUUCCAUGAAGAUAAUCAGAAAUCAGCAUUUGAAGUUUAUAAAAGUAAUCAGGCUCAUACAACUAGUGAAAAGCAGAAAAACAAGCCCAAAUCUUCCAAAAAAGGAAAAAGUGUUGGGGAAGAGGAUCCAAUAAGAAUGUUGCAAAGUGUUGCAAAGAAAUUUGGUUUCAAUAAUUUGAGUAGUAGGUUAGAUGGAGUCAAAUUUGAAAAUGAAAAAAUUAUUGUUGUUGCCAAGAAACCGGGUAGUAAACCAAAGCUAAAUCAGAAAAAAUGUUCAUUUCUAUGUGAUGUGACCAUGAAAUCAGUGGAUGGAAAGGAAUUUCCUUGUCAUAAAUGUGUUCUUUGUGCUAGACUUGAAUAUUUUCAUAGUAUGCUGAGUAGCUCUUGGAUUGAGGCUUCCAGUUGUGCAGCUCUGGAAAUGCCAAUACAUUCUGAUAUUCUGAAAGUUGUUUUGGACUACCUCUAUACAGAUGAAGCUGUGGUGAUAAAAGAAUCUCAAAAUGUGGAUUUUAUAUGUAGGGUUCUUGUGGUUGCUGAUCAGCUUCUCAUAACUCGAUUAAAAGAAAUUUGUGAAGUAGCAUUAACUGAAAACCUUACUCUUAAGAAUGCUGCUAUGCUCCUGGAAUUUGCUGCAAUGUAUAAUGCUGACCAGUUGAAAUUGUCUUGUUUACAGUUUAUGGGACUGAAUAUGUCAGCUUUACUUGAAGCAAGGUCUCUUGAUGUUUUAAGUGAUGAAGUUUUAAAGGAUCUUUCUGUGUUUUACCGAAAAAUGAUUCCAGCAAUGGAUAGGCGAGUCAUAACACCAUAUCCAGAUGGACCAGAUAUUAAUUAUUUGGAAGAAGAUGGAGAUAUAUUUUUCAAAGAAGAGAUGAAUAUGGAGCAAAAUUAUUCUGAAAGUAUGUUCAAGAAGGCAAAAGCAAAAGCAAAAAAGAAACCCCGUAAGCGUUCAGAUAGUUCAGGAGGUUAUAAUCUUUCAGAUAUUAUUCAGAGCCCACCAUCCACAGGAUUAUUUAAGUGUGAUAAGACCAACUCUGUGGAAUCUCUUCCAGAACUAUUAACAUCAGAUUCUGAAGGAAGCUAUGCAGGAGUAGGUAGUCCUAGAGACUUACAGUCCCCUGAUUUCACAACAGGAUUUCAUUUGGAUAAAAUUGAGGGAAAAAGUAAACCAUAUGUUAAUGGUACACCUCCUACCUAUUCUAGAGAAGAUUUAAAACCAUCACCAAAACGUAAAAUAUCUGCUCCACAGCCCAUUCCUAGUAACCGAGUUGAUACUACAAGCUCUUCCAGUUGGGUUACUGGCUCUUUCAGUCCUGUUAGUCCUCCUGUCACAGAUCUGAGAACCAUAAUGCAAAUUGAAGAAAAUAGACAAAAAUGUGGAACAACGCCGAAGACAAAUUUGGGCAAGAUGAAUCUUCAUGGAGUUAAACUUUCUCAGAAGCAACGAAAAAUUAUUGCAAUGACUACCAAGGAAGGUAGUUCAGGAAUGAAUGGCAUGGAAACAGCUUUAACUACUUCAAAACCUCCCAAACCAAUGAAGGCAUGGACGACUUCUAUACAUUCAGUUACAUCCAAGUCAUUCCGGGAUUUAUUAGUAGAAGAAAAACAAAGUAUUACUGACCAUAGUUCAGGAGAUCAUGUCAAAAAAGUUUGCUUUAAAGGAACUGAAAAUUCCCCGCCUCCCAAAGUUACAAGUCCCUGGCUGUCUUCUUCAUUGACUACUCCAUCCGUGGCACCCCCAGUCACUUUUGCAUCUAUUGUAGAAGAAGAACUACAACAGGAAGCAGCUCUUAUCAGAAGUCGAGAAAAACCCUUGGCUUUGAUUCAGAUUGAAGAACGUGCAAUACAGGACUUACUGGUUUUCUAUGAAGCAGUUGGUAACCCUGAUGAAUUUGUGAUUGUUGAAAGGACACCACAGGGACCACUGGCAGUACCUAUGUGGAAUAAGCAUGGAUGCUAGUCUGCCUUGCAGUUGGAGUUGCAUUUUUCAUAAAUUGUGGUAGUUCAAAAAUAUAAAAGAAAAUUCUAGAAAUAUGACAAGAAAGAUAGGAUUCAUUCUAGAUGAAAUAAGGACACGUAAUUUCUUCACUCAAGUGUAAUGUUUGUGUGAUUUUAAAAAAAUCCUCCAAAUUGUGAUUUUAGUUACAUUUCAUGUAAAAUUGUGAGGAAAAACUUGUUACAUUAAAUUUAAAUAGAAACUUCUGUUCUGAAUAGUCUUAAAAGGAAAACCUGAAUGAAGUCUAAGAUUUAAAAGUGAUAAAUUGAAAAUGACUUCAUUAUUUUAGGAUUUGCCAUAUAUCUGUUGCACCUUUAUUAUAUUGACACUCAUAAACUUAAAGCAUCUGCCAUUAUUUCUGAUCUGCUACUGGCUAAAAUUUUAUUUUUGUUUUAGUAGUGUGUUUCUGUUUUUGUGUCUUUUCAUCAAGCUAUGAAUGUUCUGUAUCUAUUUAAAACUUGAAAUGCUUAAAUGCCAUAUUUGGGUUUGGAUAGCACAUUCUCCAUUUUGCAUUAAGAUAUGGAGAGCAGUGGAAAAGAAAUAUAAACAUGCUUUCUUAACACCUCCAAGAUAAUACUCUUUCAGACUUGUAGUCAUUGUGUGUUGUUUUAUGGUGGAGAGGGGAUCAUAAUUGUGAGCAGAUCAGUUUAUUAAAGUGUUAAAAGAAUUAAAUAAAUGUUUUAUUAUACGUACAGGAAAUGAAUAGAAGGUUGAUUUGUUGUUUCUCAUUUAGAAAUUCUCAGAGCCUGGUCAUAUGAAUAGAUUUUCUUUACAGUUUGUUGUUUGAUUUGGUUUGGAGCGCUUAAAUUAAAACAAAAACAAAUGUUUACUCUUGCUACAGUACGAAGACAUAUUGAGACAAGUUAAUGUUCUAGUUCCUGGGGCAGAAAUCUAGGGGUGCAUACAGGCAAUUUACUGCUAUAAUUAAGUUGAUAUGAUAGAAAUGUGGUUGAAACUAACUCAAGAAUUGAGGUUUUGCUUGAUCCAAAAGCAUCAGACUUAUAAGCAAAUGUGCAAUAAAAUAUAAUCUUGAUCCAUUUCA